GCCAGGAGGGCUCUGUCUCGGCUACACUGGACCAUGUGGGCUGGGUCAUGAGGACAGUGUCCUCACUUGGGUGGCAGCUGAUUUGGAGGUCACCUAGGGCUGUCUCAGCUACCAGGAGAGGGUGCUUAUUCCCUGCAUUCUUGGGGCCCCCUCCUUGUGGUCCACUGAGGAAGUGUUUGUGGUGGAGCCCCUGAGGGCCUGGUGGGGUUGAGCAGAAUGAGGGAAGGUUUCAUGGAGCAGGGAGGGGUCCACUAGGCCAGUAAGUGAAGGAGGGACUCGCCUUCCCAUCUGCCCAGGGGUGUUCCUACCAGCCAGCCCCCUCCCCUGCUUCCCCAUGAAGGGGUGGCUGUUGGAAUUCUGCACUCCAUCUCUUGUGAUGGUCUGGGCCCAGGACAAUGGGAUGGGUGUUUGGGGACCUCACCCCUCAGCAGACAGGAGGAGGAAGCCAUGUCCCAGCAGGCUAGGAUAAGGGACCCCCUAUGCCAACAGUGCCUUAUCAACAGGUGCCAGGCAAGGCCAUCCCCGGGGUGAGGGCGACAUCUCCCCGGGCCCUGUUAUCAGUUGCAGAGUCCACAGGACGCUCACUGGGUUAACGUGUAACCAUGAGCCCUCCCCUCCACCCCCUGGAGCCACCCGCUUUCAGAUUAGGUCACUCUGAGGGUAUCAGGCCAGCAUGGAUGCUGGCAAAGUGGGGCCGACCCUGAAGACUCACUGCUCAGCCCAGUGCCUAGAUGUCUGCAGGUGGCUGAUUCCCUUCACCCUUUCCUGCUGUGUGUACUUCUGCCUCUGGAUUCCUGAGGACCAGCCGUCCUGGGUCGCUGCCCUGGUCAAGUGCCUGCCCAUCUUCUGCCUGGCUGGGUUCCUGUGGGUUGUGUCCCCAGGCAGGGGCUACACCCGGCUCCUCCAGGGAGCCCUCCUGUGCUCGGCUGUGGGGGACGCCUGCCUCGUCUGGCCUGAAGCCUUCCUCCAUGGUAUGGCUGCCUUCGCUACAGCCCACCUCCUCUACCUCUGUGCCUUUGGGCUCUCUCCCCUGCAGCCGGGCCUGCUGCUGCUCAUCUUCCUGGCCUCUGGCCCCUACCUCAUCCUCGUGCUGCUGCACCUCGAGCCGGAUAUGGUCCUGCCCGUGGCAGCCUACGGGUUGAUCCUGAUGGCCAUGCUGUGGCGUGGCCUGGCCUGGGGCGGGAGUGCCGGCUGGGGCGCGCUGCUCUUCACACUCUCUGAUGGUGUGCUGGCCUGGGACGCCUUCGCCCAUCCCCUGCCUCACGCCCACUUGGUGACUAUGACCACCUACUACACUGCCCAGCUCCUCAUCACACUGUCGGCCCUCAGGAGCCUGGGGCCCAAGACAGACUGACUAGGCAGCUUGAAGGGCUGGCUUCCAGGCCCUCUCCUCCCGCAAGGACUCGGUCCUCCCAGACCAACCCAGCCUGAGAAACAUCCUCCGCGGCGAAGCUUGCGAAGCUUCCUCACGCCUGUCUGCAGGCGCAGGCACCGCCGCCGCUGCUCCCAGCUGAAGACGUUUAAGGACCAUUCACGGAGUUCCGAGUCCACUGCUGGUUUCCAGCUGCCUUCCCCUAGUUCUGACUCCAGAUCCCUGGCUCCUCAGCCAGGCCCACAUGCGGCCCUCCCAGCCACCAGCCCGCCUCCAAGUUCGUUGUGGGCCCCACGGUCCGCCGGCCCCUCCCUGCUGCUCUGAGUCGUUUUCGUUGUUUAGUAGAGAGCAUGGUAGUGUAGAUGCUGCUGUUACUGUGGGAGAGGCAUGCGGACGAUGAUCGUGGUGAUGAACCAUCUUGGCUCAUGGCAGCGGAUGUCUCUUGGUCACUCCCCAUGAACCAGGCCUGGUGCCCAGUGGGACCCUCCCUGGCUCUCUGGUGGGGGGCAUUCAAGGGGAUAAAGGUGAGGAUUGUGCAGAACCGAGCCAAGAGGACUGUUGAGCCUCUGCGUUUGUUUCCUGGGGCUGCCGUCACAAAUUACCCCAAACCAGAUGCCUUGAAAUGACGAAUGGGCUCUACUGCAGUUCUGGAGACCCAAAGUCCAAGAUCAGGGUGUUUUCCGGCCCUUGCUCCCUCCUGAGGCUCUGGGGAAGAAUCCGUCCUUGCCCUCUCAGCUUCCGGAAGCUCCCAGGAAUCGCUGGCUUCUCUCGGCCUGUGGCGGCUGUGUCUCUCCCGUCUUCAUAUGACUGUCUUUACCUGGCAGCCUCCUCUGUGUCUGCGUCCUUCUAGGGACAUGGGGCACUGGAUUUAGGGCCCACCCCAAACCCAGGUGAUUCCAUCUUGAGAUAUUUAACUAUGUCUGCAGAGACCCUGUUUCUAAGUACUGUCACCUAUAUAGGCACCUGGGCUUAGGACUUGGAUAUAUCUGUUUAGGGGACACAACCCACUAAAGUCACAUGCGUAUCAGGGGAGAAGGGUAGGAGGCUUGAGGAUGAGGGGCCUUGGAGGAGGGGAGGGUGACAAGGGGGAGGAAUCAAAUAGGAAGGAGGAACCCAGGUGUGUUCCUUGCCUUGGCUAUGUGACCUUGGCAAGCUGCCGUCCCUCUCUGGUCUUUAGAUUCUGCAUCUGAGGACUUGACAGGGUCCAAGAUGCUCUCCAAGACCCUACUUGACUUCUACAUCCAUGAUGUGCCUUUAGUGACUCAUAUAGCAGGGAGGUGACUUAUCCAUCCAUGGCUAGCAUUAGGGACUCUUACAGCAGAGAGGCGACUUCUCCAUCCAUGGCCAGCAUUAGGGACUCUUACAGCAGAGAGACAACUUCUCCAUCCAUGGCCAGCAUUUAGGGACUCUUACAGCAGAGACACGAGUUCUCCAUCCAUGACCUGCAUUUAGGGACUCUCGGAUGUAAGGGUACAGAGGUGGGAAGGGAAGGUGGGGAGCCUGGAGGACGGGGACCAGGAAGGAAAGUGAGGAUGGGAAUCCAGUUGGAGUGGGGAGAUCCGGAAGCUGAGGAGAGAUUUCCCUGAGGAAGGGUCAGGCAGGAGGAGGAUGUGAAGGAUUGGACUCAGGCUUGAAACUUCUGCUUCCUUGUCAUCUCCUCCCCUCUUCCCCUCCUCCCCUCCUCCCCACUCAGACCUAAUGAAAGGCAGGGAAAGAGGAAGUUCUGCAGCAAAGUGCAGCAGGAGGGACUGGGUCUGGGUGUGCAGAUUCCAGGGCUGCGUGGCGCCUGCAGACAUGAGGAGUCCUGGGGUGCCUGGUGCUGUUAAUGAUUGUGGAUGCCAGAGAGACUGGGGACUGGGACUGAAAUCCUGAGUCUGGGAGAAGGGAGCUGGCAACUCAGACCCCUGGGUCCCAGGGAGGAGGGGCUGGGGUCUGGAUUCCUGGGUCUGAAGGAGGAGGGGCUGGGGGUCUGGACUCCUGGGUCUGAGGGAGGAGGGGCUGGGCCUAUAAUCCCUGAUGUUUUGGGGAACAUUCUGGCUUUCGGUCCCUGUGCUCUAUGGGGUCAGCUGUCCAGAGUGAUGGGGUGCUGCUCUCCUGUGGGGUCCCAGCAUCCUGUCCGCCCUCCGUGAUUCUGGCCCCCAUGUCCUGUCUGCCUUUUCAAAGGUCUGCUUUCUCAUGA